AUGAAUACAGUGUAUUUGAUUUUAAUUCGUAUUUUAUCAAUGACUACACAACGGUCAGUAUUUCGACGAAGACGUUCAUCAUCUUUAUCAACAAUAGAUACUAGUUAUUCAGAUGAUGAAGAUUUUUGGUCUGCAUCUUCUUCAAGAAAAACAUCAAAAGAUUCAGAAUAUAAGAAGAAAAUAAGUUUAUCAGCUGUUCAAUCAUCCAAUGAAUUAUAUAUUAUGAAUCCUAAUGAUAUAUCAAAUGAAAUUGAGUAUUCACGUGAAACUUUAUACAACUACAAUGAGUCACACACAGUAAGAGAAUCUCGAACAAACUCUUUUCAAUUCGAUAAUAUUAUGUGUCGACGACAAUCGGUUAGUCUGCCUGGAUUUCAUGAAGGAUUGAAUUCUGGUAAAUUAGUUUCAAGAUUAAGUUUAGUUGGUGAUGAACUUGAAGAGAGUUUAAAGAAAUCAAAAAACUUACAUGAGAUAAGCAGUAAAAGAAGAUGGACUAUAUUUGAUUGUUCAACAUCAAAACCAGAAUAA